AAUUCGCUAGACUGACCGCAUCUUUAUUCUUCGCAACGACCUCCUUGACAAGAGACAUUCGUUGACGCUCCAAUUGCAUUUUAUGACAGUCAUUCGUAUCCAGCCGCUGUGUCUCAAGAUCAGGAUGUGAUGCUCCUCCCUCCACCGGAAGUCUUGUAUCGCCAAAGCAGACGAUGAAAGGGGCCUUCAAUAUAUCCAUUGCUGAAUGCCUUCAUGGUCGCUUCGUGACGCUCAUCUUCCGACAUUGUCUUCCAUCUUUGUCCCGCCUGUUGGUGCAGAUGGAGAUCCGAGUGAAGCCUUUCGUUUGGUCUCCAGUCUUCCUGCUGGCAAUCUGUCUCGCUCCAUUGGCGUUUGCACGGACCUGAGAGAACUCGGCCCAGUCUACGUCUGUGGCCGAUUGAAGCAACCAUAUGGCUGUACGGCUAGCAGUGUUGGCCAGUUCAUCGCCAUCCGCAGAUGCCUGCUUCGUUCUAUCUCGAACGAGCAGUCCAGGUGUGUUCGGUCGCUGUAUCCAAUCAGAUUUGGAAUACACCAUCUACAUGAUGCCCAUAACGGCUGAAACUCUCUGUCCAGAAGACGUCCUCCAGUUGGUAAGUCUCGGGUCGGGCAGAAUGUCAGUCAUGGAACGAGGUGGCAUCCGCUUACGUCUAGACG